GCCAUGGAAGCACUUGAAGUGGAAGGCCGCACUUUCAUGCAGGUGAUCAGUGAAAAGUACAGCCCUGAGAAUUUCCCUUACCGCCGAGGUCUAGGCAUGGGGGUGGUGAUACCACCCGGCCAUCAGGGAUCUCCUAUGAAAGAUCGACUAAACCUACCCAGUGUGUUGGUCCUGAACGGCUGUGGUAUCAGCAGUGCAGGAGACGAAGGCGAGAUCGCAGCCUUUUGUGCUCACGUUGUGGAACUGGACCUGUCCCAAAAUAAACUUCAAGACUGGCAUGAGAUCAGUAAGAUCGUCAUGAACAUUCCAAACCUAGACACCCUGAACCUCAGCUCAAACCCAUUAAGUGAAGCAGCGUUGGACCCGGACUGCGCCGAGGUCUUUUCCCGGGUGCGCCGUCUCGUCCUCAACAACACCCAAGUGUCCUGGGACGUCGUUCACACCUUUACACGUGAGAUGCCCGAAUUGGAGGAGCUGUUCCUGUGCCUUAAUGAGUACAACACUGUGAUGCCGACCGCCACUCCAUGUCCUUCGCUACGCCUGCUGCACAUCACAGACAACAAUCUGCAGGACUGGAGCGAGGUGCGCAAGUUUGGCACCAUGUUCCCCUCUCUCGACACACUCGUCCUAGCUAACAACAACCUGAGUUCCAUCCUGGAGUCCGAGGACAAUCUCCGCCGCCUGUUUCCCAACCUGCGAAGCAUCAACUUGCACAACUCUGGUCUCAGUCGGUGGGAGGACAUUGAGAAGUUGAAUUGCCUACCCAAACUGGAGGAAGUGAGGCUGCGGGGCAUUCCUCUAUUGCAGCCUUACACUAACAUGGAGAGACGCAGUCUAAUGAUAGCACAGCUUCCAUCAGUAAAUUCCCUGAAUGGAAGUGUCGUCACGAAUGGAGAGCGUGAGGAUGCUGAGAGGUUCUUCAUCCGCUACUAUCAGGAUUACUCUGAGGACGAGCUGCCUAAUAGAUACCAAUGUCUGGUGACCAAGUACGGCAAGCUGGCUCCCCUGGCCGAGAUCGAUCUCCGGCCCCGCUGCCACGCUAAGGUGGCGGUGCACUGCGAGGACCGAGUCGAGCAGGUAAGAAUCCGACUGGAUCAGACCGUCGCCGAGCUGAAGAAGCAGCUGAAAGCGGUGGUGCGGCUCUCGGCCAGCAACAUGCGCCUCUACUACAUCGACAAGGACAUGCACUCGGCGUUCGGCCCCGAGGAGAUGAAGUACAGCACGAGGGCCCUGCAUUCCUACAGCAUUCAGGACGGGGACGAGAUUCUGGUGGUGCCGAAGACCAAAUGACCGGAAGGCGCAGGGUCGUGCACAAACCUCGCUGGAAUAAUCAGACUCCAUGGUCAUAAUGCCUGCCACAAAAGAAGGAACUAACGUUUUU